AUGAGCAGGGUUGGAAAAUGGGAGCGCUUCGAGCGCGGGAAGGCCCUGAAAUGCUCGGACUGCGGCUUCGGUAUUGUUCAUAGAAUCGGGCUUGAUCACAUGAUUGCGGCGUCAGCAGUUGGCCUUGCAGGGUCGAUGGAUGAUUAUUAUGAUGUGCCAAAACUCCCGAGCAUUGUACCAUCAUUUCUCCUACCGUAUAGUGGUCGAAUGAAUUUCGCAGAGAGAACGAUCAACUUCCUCGUGGUUGCUCUUGCUGAUUUAUUUUCUUGGGAGUUAGGAAGGAAGUACAAGGAAGUGUGGAAUCGCUUUGGCAUUAUCACUGACGAUGAAUUCUACAAGAGCAAAAUCAACUAUUUACUGUCAAACUCUGACGAAUUCCUCGAAUUCGGUCGCCCGACAUCCCCGAAAAUCGUUCACAUCGGUGGAAUCACUGCACUAGAAGCCGCACCAUUGUCUCAGAAGUUGCAACGAAUUAUGGAACGCACGAAAAUGGGUGCAGUGUACAUUUCAUUUGGAUCAAUCCCAUCAACGAAGGAGAUGCCGAAGCACUUUCGCGAUGCAAUAGUAGAAGUGGCAAAAACCUUCGAAAAUUAUGACUUUAUAUGGAAGGUCGAUGAGGAAGACACUAUUCAGAACGUUUCAAAUUUGCACACAUUCAGUUGGGUAUCUCAACGAGCACUUUUA